AUGGGUGGAACGAAGAAGAGAAAGGAGAGAUACGAGGCAAAAAGGAGUCGCAUGACAUUGUCAACAGCAAUGUUUGACAAGUUCCGGAUAGCAAUGCUCUCAUCCGGAGAAAGCAAGAAUGUUAGUUUUCUGGAGUUGCUCAUUAACACACACGAAGAACACUCCAAGAAUUGCACCGGUAUCAGUGCAGGAACCAGUGUGGGAAAUGUCGAUGACAGAUCCCAAGAGCAGUCCCAUGAGUGUGCCAGUGAAAGUUUUGGGGAAUCAAGUAUGUGUACAAGGAAGGAAACUAUAGAGAACAGGAGUACCGCAUUUGCUUCGACACCUUUUAAGGGAAGUGGAGCCUCAGGCAAAUUUGCCGAUGAUAAGUAAGUUUAUUUAAAUUGAGGCAGUAAUGAUCAAUGAUAUGUUAAAUUAUGUACAGUUAUACUGCAGUUUCUUUCAAGACGAUAAUAAGCAUACCAGGCCUGUUUUACGAAGAGUUAAGAGUGGUCCAAUCAACCACAACUAUGGAAAGCCAACAGCGCCAAGUCGCCAACAUAUGAAAUGAAUAUUGAAAAUGUUUUCUAGAUACGAUGUACAUGUGUGUGUGUGAUUUACACUACUUAUACUACUGACUUACCGCAUGUUCUCUGACGCAUUCCUCGGGGGAUUUGCCACAGCAAAGCUUUUCAGCAUCUGUUGGCAUGUCGCGGCAGUUUCCACAUCGGCACCAAUGAAGUCCAGGUUCGCCACAUGGACUCGGAGGUGAACCACUUGGUGCAGAGCCAUCACCUCCGGACGCGUACAUAACGUCGAAGACCAUCCCUGGCCUUCGCUCUAUUGCUUUGAAGAGUAGGUUCUCUAUCUCCUGCCUGGUCAUUUUCGAAAUGUCAUCCUGUAAGUGAGAAGACAUGUGAAGGCUAAUUGAUACGAACAACACUUGAAUAGCUUCUCCAAACUAACAGUGACACCAGGCUGAGUGACACAAUGUUUAGGGUUUUUCGGGGUGAAUUCUUGGGUUCAUUGAAAUAUAUCUCACAACUGUAUUUCUUUCAAUUCAUUCAGUUAUAAACUUCUUUAUUUCAACUUUUUUAAUGCCUGAUUGCCUUGCUCCAAGUCUUAUACACAUACUGCAUCCAAAAUCAUUCCCCCCUCCAGAAAAGGUGGCCUAGCUUGCCUAAUGUAGGCCUCUAGGCCUAUUUAUUGGGAAAAAAGAUGAAAUCAAGUUCCUGUUACAGGACUAUGUAGUGUUUCAUUGGGCGAACUUGGAAAGAAAGGAAGCAAAGAUUCAUCCAGGUUUAUGUAAAAAAAAAAUUGUUAUUUAUACCUGAAUUUUCUGUUUCCGUUUUUCCCGUAAGUUGUUGAUUCGGUCUGCAUCCGAUUCGAUACUCCGUAGAUUUUGUGGGCCUAUAUUCCUUCCACCUGCACUUUUUGUUUUCCUGGUUCCCUUACGUCGAACGGAUGUUGUUAUUGUGGUGGUUGGUGUGGUGGUCGCUGUUGAAGGUGCUGAAGGACCCGCCUGGUCCUCAUCAGUCUCACUGUGUCUGCUUUGAAUGCGUUGGCCUCUUCGGCGUCCACGACGGCCGGUACUACUACUAGCCAAAGUGCUCUCUUGAAGUACAGCCUGGUGACUAGAACUGGCCUCAGUUCCCCUAGCCUUUCCUCUACCUCUGCCCCUGCCCCUUCCCUUUCCUCUUCCUCUGCCUCGCCCCCUUCUUGUCCUUGAAGAUUUCCCGAUAUUUCCUUCUGGUUCGAGUUCAGAUAUUGUGGUGACUGGCUCUGAUGGAUCCAGUUCAUCCCCAUGUCCCUCUAGUCUGGCCUUCUUAGGUGUUGUAGCAUCCAGUUCAGAGUCAGAGCCUUCAGAUGAACCCUGCAUUAGAAAAACAAAUUCAUGUCGAGAAAAAAAAAUAAUGUAAUUGGCCAUUCUUUCAGGGGGAGGGGCUCAUGACACUGACUAUAUAUAGGCCUACAUACGAUCAGACUGGUUUUCCUUGUAUUUAUUCUUUUUUUAUUUAACCAUAUCAACACAGAAUGAUAUAGGCCUACAUGUACGGUCAAAUUAGAUAAAAUGUAUGCAAAUAUCAUCCAUGCUUGCUUUCCCAUUGUUUUUUUUUAUGUCUGAUUUCAUACUCUCCUAUAUUUGUGCAGAUUUGGAGGGGGUGGUGCUUAUUAAUAGUUGCUAUAUACCCCCACCCCCCUCCCCAUCCCUCAAUAUGAUAGCUUGCUAAAAUACUCUCAUGCUGGUUACUGUUCGCAUAUGAACAUAUCCGGAAUAGUGCUAUGGUUUUCCAAUGAAAGUAAUGAUAAUGAUGUCGAUGGCAGUCCAUGAGAAAGGCCUAUACUAAUGGAUAGAUGAAUCAUUAACGAACAAUGCGUAUGUUAUUUUCAUUUUCCCCUUUAUUAUCAUUAUUAUUGCUAUCAUUAUUCCUUACUACUAUAUGUUGUUGACUUGUUGGUGCUGUUGUGUGACGGAGUUAAUGAUUUGAUGGCGACAAACUGGGUCUAAAUGGGGUAGAUAGUGCAAAUAACAAAGUGAUCUAAGAGGGCUCACUGCUGCAUGAAGAGGGGGUAAUUGCAAAAACUCUUUUAUACGUAUGUAUUACCAGCUGGAGCGGUCUUUCACAAAAUUUGAAGUUUUCGCUAUCACAUGCACAACGCCAUUUGUCAAAUAUUUGUCGAAUAUUUGUGAAUUAAAACUGCAUUAUCGUCUAUGGCACUGGACAAACAGGUGGACAAACGAUAUUGUUUUCGUCCAGUGCAAAUCUUCGGAUGAUCUGCUGAGGCCCGGUCCACCAUGCACAACGAGCUUGAGCUUGGUGACAUGCAUAUUCAUCGCCUCGUCGGCUCUUCAUCGAAAAAUAAUUUCAUCAAAAUUUUCAAAGAUCGCAUAUGCCAAAGGCUGCCGUGAGGGGGGAGAUUGAUAUUUCUAAGGACUGAAUAAAUAAUUGUGGAAGGGAGACCAAUCUGACGCCAAAAUGGGUCCACCCCGGGCAAGGGUGAAUAUUUCUCUCCAAAGGGGACCAGGGGCUUGAACAUUUGACAAGCAAGAAAAGGAAAAAAAAAGGUUAUCAUCUCAAAUGUAAGGUCAUUUCGACCGAAAUAAAUUUGACAAGCAAAAAAAGAAAGUUAUCACCCCAAAUGUAAGGCCAUUUCAUCCAUAAAUGCAUGUUUUAUUUAGAUUCUGAAUGAUGUAUUUGUUUCCACCAUAAAAUACCAACAAUAGUAGGGGGACAAUCGAUAUUGGUCCCCCUACUAGUUUGGGUGGGACGCGUCCUCCCUGUGAUUUCCGCCCAUGCAUGCCCCUGGGGUCCACAUAUCCAUUUGCGAC